UCUAGAGAGAUGCAAUGAAAUCCGUGCGGUUUACCUAUAAAAAUGCGCAGGUUGCGCUUAGACAGUAUCAGUUCUUAUCCAAGCUUCGAACUUCACGUAUCACGUCGAAUAUCCUGACAAGAUGAAACUCUUUGUGGUUCUCGCUGCCAUCGUUGCAUUUGCUAGCGCCGAAUGGGCAACUCGCAGUCCUGCAGAACUGGCUCAAUCCCGCCUUUCAUGCAUCCAGGAGUUGAGCGUUCCGGCAAACCUCGUGGAACAAAUCAAGAAGUUCCAGUAUCCUGACGAGGAAAUCGUCCGUUGCUACAUCCGUUGCACCAGCGAGAAGAUUGGUAUCUGGAGUGAUGACAGUGGAUUUAUUACUGAUCGCGUAAUCGAACAAUUGGCUGGAAAUCGCGAUAAGGAUGCUUUCAGAGCUGAUGUCCUCAAGUGUAUCGACAGCAACGAGCAAAAGUCGGACAAGUGCACCUGGGCUUACCGCAACUUCAAUUGCUUCAUCAAAAACAAUCUGAUUUUGGUUCAAUCACAAAUUAAUGCUAGUUCUUAAAAACUUCAUUAAGACUGAUAUUUCCAAUAGCCCGAGUUUUUUAAAGUUAAUGUGAUCGUUUUCUAAUUCAAUAAUAAAAAGAUACCCUUUGAUCCGA